AUGAUAAUUGAUCCUCGUUUGAAACUUCAUCAUUUCACUUUAUCUGGAACGCAUAACAGUUAUCAUAAAGCAAAUAUUAUCGCUCAAUAUGAACAUACAAAGUUGGAAUCUCAAUUGGAUGCAGGCGUUCGACAAUUUGAAUUGGAUAUUCAUCUAAUGGAAAAUUACGAUGUUAUUUAUCAUUUGCAAUUAUUUGAUGAUAAAACGAACUGCUACUGUUUAAGUCAGUGUCUUCUGCGAAUUCGUCGAUGGAGUAUAAUGAAUCCUACCCAUCAUCCAAUAUUUUUGUUCUUUGAGAUCAAACAGAAGUUUUAUGAAGACAUGUUUACGCCUCUCACUGGUGGAAUGCAGUGUCGACAUAUUCAGAAUAUAAAAAGGCAGCUAUUGGAAGUGUUCUCAAACGAGUCCCUCAUACUCUCAGAACAAGUCCGAGGUAGUCAUUCAUCGCUUCGUUUAGCUUUAAAACAACAGAGAGAUAAUGAAUUAAAUGGCAGCUAUACGUAUGAUGAAUACGGGUGGCCACCAUUGAUUAGUUCAUUAGGAAAAAUUUUACCCGUGAUUCUUGAUGAGGCCUACAAUCGUGCAGUGGAGCUAUUUAAUAAUUGUGAGCCACUAAUGAAUUUUUUCUUUAUUGCUCAAGCAGCACUAAAUCGUCCGUAUUCAUCUAUUGUUUGUGUUUCAAAUCCUCUUACGCAGCAACAACAGUUAAUUGAAAAUGCAAACAAUGGUCUAAUCACACGCAUUUUACUUGGGUAUGGUAGUCAACAACUUUUUGAGAACUAUAAACUAGCUCUGAAAUAUGGUAUCCACAUCAUUAGUACAGAUUCAGUUCAAUGUGAUGAUACACCGUUAUGUAGAAGUAUUGCUACGCACUUUUCAGCAUCUUCUCCUGUAUUAUGCAACAGACUGACGAGGCCUACGUUUUGCAACAGAACUUUCUCAGAUCUAGAUGAAUAA